CAUACCUUGAUUGGCCCUGUAUCGUUGGGGAAUCGUGGAGGAUUUGGAGUGCCAACUCCAUCUACAAGUCUCUUUCUUUCUGCUCCUACACAAAUCCCUGUCCUGAUUAUUCUCUUUCGCGCUUUUAUUUCCUUUGGAAAGGCACAAAUCUCCAAUUCGCCACCACCACCCCCACCGGAAAAAACCGCCACCACCGGAAAAAACCACCACCACCAUCGUUGCCACUACCACAACUAAGAGUAGUUCAGUUUUCCACAAUCCCAGUAUAGUGAGAGACAUAAUGAGUUGAGGUUGGGAGAAGAAGAUAGAGUGAUUAGAGUAGAGCCGAUUAUGGGGGCGACGCUCUCCAACUUGACGGAUGGGGUGGCGAAUGGUUCGACCAUCGGACCGGGCCUAGGAGACAUACCUGAGAGCUGCGUUGCCUGUGUGUUCAUGUACUUGACCCCGCCGGAGAUAUGCAACCUGGCUCGCCUUAACAGGGCAUUUCGUGGUGCCGCUUCCUCGGACUCGGUCUGGGAAUCGAAGCUGCCCUCCAAUUACCAGGAUCUUCUCGACUUGUUGCCUCCGGAGAGGUACCAAAAUUUAUCGAAGAAGGAUAUCUUUGCUCUCCUCUCUCGUCCUAUUUCUUUCGACGACGGCAACAAGGAGGUCUGGGUGGACAGGGUUACGGGAAGGGUUUGCAUGUCGAUCUCGGCAAAAGGUAUGGCGAUAACUGGUAUUGAAGAUCGGAGAUACUGGAAUUGGAUUCCUACUGAAGAAUCUAGAUUCCAUGUGGUGGCCUACUUGCAGCAAAUAUGGUGGUUUGAAGUGGAUGGAGUCAUCAAGUUUCCUUUUCCUGCUGGUGUUUACACUUUGUUAUUCAGGCUUCACCUAGGUAGAUUUUCGAAAAGAUUGGGACGACGUGUGUGUAAUUUUGAGCACACUCAUGGUUGGGAUAUAAAGCCUGUACGAUUUGAGCUAUCCACAUCUAAUGGCCAACAAGCAUUUUGUGAGUGCUGUUUAGAUGAACCUGAGAAGGAUGAUGCAAAUGGCAAUAGUAAGCGUGGAUGCUGGAUAGAAUACAAAGUAGGCGAGUUUAUUGUCAGUGAUUCAGAUCCUGCCAUAGAAGUCAGAUUUUCCAUGAAACAAAUUGAUUGCACACAUUCCAAAGGUGGGAUAUGUGUAGACUCUGUGUUUAUUAUUCCUAAUGAUUUGAGAAAGAGAAGAUUAAAGGUUUAGGUUUUGAAGUAACAAGCAUCAUGGCAUGUAUUGUCAAGAUCCUGAUUUGGGUGUGAUAUACAACUCAUACUUGUAAUGAUUACUGUUCAGAGGAUGACAUGGUAUCCGUUUUUGGAGUAUGUACAUGUUCUCAAUGGUUUAUGAUUUUUUACUUUA